GCGGGAAGCCAGCAUUUGUUACCCAAUUUCUCAAUUUGCAUGCCCGCCACCCAACUUGACAAAGGGGACGCAGCAUUUUUCGCCUUUGCAACACCACAAUUCUAGACUCUUGUCCCGGUCACCUGUUAAAUUCUAGUCGUACAUCACUAUCGGGGCAGCAGAAAACAUGAGUUCCCCCCUUCGCGAGCACCCAUCCUCAGCCAACCGUGGAGUUCCGCCUAGCCGCGCAGGCCGGAAGCGGGCGCGCACUAACGGCGAAGAUGGCGCUUCCUCGGUCGGCGCAUCCAGCCCUAUCAUGCCCUCCUCCCCGCCCGCCUUCAACAUUGCACACGGCGGCGACGAUGACGAUGACAUCGAAGAGGAUGUCGAGAUUCAGGAUGACAUUGACGACCUCGACGAGAUGGCCGAGGACGAUGUUGAUCUGUUUCGAGAGGGCUUCGAGCGGGAUUACCGCGAGAGGGAGGACGACGCCUACGAAGGUAUCGAUAUCGACGACGAAGGCGAAUACGAGGCCCUGAGCCUGGGCGAAAGGCGGCGCCUCGAGGCACAGUUGAACCGCAGAGAUCGUGAAGUCGCCAGGAGACAGCGCAUCCCCGCUGCUUUCCUUCCCAGCGAGGACGACGAUCGUGACAUUGACCUCACUGCCCAGCCCCGCCGCCGCAGGCAUCGCUACGAUGAGGACCCCGACGAGGACAUGGAUGCCGACAUCAUGGACGAGGAGCUCUCCCUCGAGGCCCUUCACGAUGUCAAGGCUUCCAGCUUGACCGAUUGGGUGGCACAGCCAGCUGUGCAGCGGACCAUCAAGAGAGAGUUCAAGGCAUUCCUCACAGAGUACACCGACGACAGCGGCUCCUCCGUCUACGGAAACCGCAUCCGCACCCUCGGAGAAAUCAACGCCGAGACGCUGGAAGUCUCAUACGAGCAUCUCUCCACUUCCAAGGCCAUCCUCGCCUAUUUUCUCGCCAAUGCACCGGCCGAGAUGCUCAAACUAUUCGACGAAGUGGCCAUGGAUGUCGUGUUGCUGCACUACCCCGACUACGAGCGCAUCCAUUCAGAGAUCCAUGUUCGCAUUUUUGAUCUUCCGGUCCACUACACCCUCCGCCAGCUUCGCCAGUCACACCUCAACUGCCUUGUGCGCGUGAGCGGUGUCGUGACCAGGAGGUCCGGCGUGUUCCCUCAGCUCAAGUACGUCAAGUUCGACUGCACCAAGUGUGGCGUCACUCUCGGCCCCUUCCAGCAGGAGUCGAACGUCGAGGUCAAGAUUUCGUACUGCCAGAGCUGCCAGUCCCGCGGUCCUUUCACUCUCAACUCGGAGAAAACGGUCUACAGGAACUAUCAGAAGCUCACCCUCCAGGAGUCUCCGGGCACUGUUCCCGCAGGUCGCCUUCCCCGGCACCGCGAGGUGAUCCUGCUGUGGGACUUGAUCGACAAGGCCAAGCCGGGCGAGGAAAUCGAAGUCACGGGCAUCUAUCGGAACAACUACGAUGCUCAACUCAACAACCGCAACGGUUUCCCCGUCUUUGCCACCAUCCUGGAGGCCAACAACAUUGUCAAGUCGCACGAUCAGCUGGCCGGAUUCCGCAUGACCGAGGAGGACGAGCACCAAAUCCGCCAGCUUUCCAAGGACCCGCACAUUGUCGACAAGAUCAUCAACUCGAUCGCGCCCAGCAUCUACGGACACACCGACAUCAAGACGGCAGUUGCCCUUUCUCUAUUUGGCGGCGUAGCCAAGACGACCAAAGGCGCCCACCACGUCAGAGGAGACAUCAACGUGCUCCUGCUCGGCGACCCGGGUACGGCCAAGUCCCAGGUCCUCAAGUAUGUCGAAAAGACGGCCCACCGGGCAGUAUUCGCUACCGGUCAAGGCGCCAGCGCAGUCGGUCUCACGGCUAGUGUUCGGCGAGACCCGCUGACGAGCGAGUGGACGCUCGAGGGCGGCGCGCUGGUGCUGGCCGACAAGGGCACGUGCCUGAUUGACGAGUUCGACAAGAUGAACGACCAGGACCGCACAUCCAUCCACGAGGCCAUGGAGCAGCAGACCAUCUCCAUCUCCAAGGCAGGCAUCGUCACGACGCUCCAAGCCCGCUGCGGCAUCAUCGCCGCCGCCAACCCCAUCGGCGGCCGCUACAACUCGACCAUCCCCUUCUCAGCCAACGUCGAGCUGACCGAACCCAUCCUCUCACGUUUCGACAUUCUGUGCGUCGUCCGCGACACGGUCGAGCCCGAGGAGGACGAGCGCCUCGCCCGCUUCAUCGUCGGCUCUCACAGCCGCAGCCACCCGCUGACCAACAACAACACGCAGGCGACGAUGGUGGCCGGCCAGUCCAUGGAGGUCGAGGCGCCCGACUCGGCGGCACGUGCCGACAGCCAGGCCACCACCGCCGCCGAGCGCAACAACAAUAAAGAAGGCGACAUUCCCCAGGAACUCCUCCGCAAAUACAUCCUCUACGCCCGCGAGCGCUGCUCGCCUAAGCUGUAUCACAUGGACGAGGACAAGGUCGCGCGACUGUUUGCAGACAUGCGCCGCGAGAGCUUGGCCACAGGUGCUUAUCCCAUCACGGUCCGCCACCUCGAAGCCAUCAUCCGCAUCAGCGAGGCCUUCUGCCGGAUGCGCCUCUCCGAGUACUGUUCGGCGCAGGACAUUGACCGCGCCAUUGCCGUCACGGUCAACAGUUUUGUGGGCAGCCAGAAGGUCAGCUGCAAGAAGGCGCUUGCCAGGGCCUUUGCCAAGUAUACCCUGGCGAGGCCUGGUGUUGCUGUUCGUGCGGGGCCCGGGGCUGGGAGGAGGUAAGAGGGGUUAAUGCUUGGGUUUUUCUGUUGGAGGGUUUGGGGUUGAUCUUUUGAUUGUGUGGUGGGUUGUUUGUUGGAGUUCGGCGUUAAGGUUGAAUGGGGGAAUGUGCUUGCUCUUGUCUUAUUGACUGCUUGAGACACGAUGGGAAACACGA